UCAAAAUUUACACGAAAGUAAGAUCGCCUCGCUAAGAAGUAAUACAGUUUUGGCGGUGUUCCAGUUCGAACCGCCGUUAUGGCGCCUGUGAGAAUUACAGGCGCUAUGGUCGCUGCAAUCUCAGUGACCAUGGCCUUGCUCUCUAUAGUCCUCUACAAGUCCAAGAAGACCAAACCGGCCUUACCCUCAAACAAAAAUCCCAGAAAUGGUCUCGUUGGAGCCAUUGGCAACACCCCUCUCAUUCGCAUCAACAGCCUCUCUGACGCCACUGGUUGUGAAAUUCUUGGGAAGUGCGAGUUUUUGAACCCAGGAGGGAGUGUGAAAGAUAGAGUUGCUGUGAAAAUUAUUGAAGAGGCUUUGGAAUCUGGAGACCUAGCUCCAGGUGGAGUAGUCACUGAGGGAAGUGCUGGAAGCACAGCUAUUAGCCUUGCUACAGUUGCUCCUGCUUAUGGUUGCAAAUGCCAUGUGGUUAUACCUGAUGACGCUGCUAUUGAGAAGUCUCAGAUACUUGAAGCCCUGGGAGCCACUGUUGAGAGGGUAAGGCCAGUUUCAAUCACACACAGGGAUCACUUUGUCAACAUUGCUAGGCGACGGGCAUCAGAAGCAAAUGAGUUAGCCUUAAAGCAUAGAAAAGAUGAGCAAAAGAAUGGCAAAACCCUUGAGCAAGUUAAUGGUUUCCAUUAUGAUGAAGAGAAACAGUUGUUUCCAAGGAAUUGUCCUGGUGGAUACUUUGCUGAUCAAUUUGAAAACUUGGCAAACUUCCGGGCACACUAUGAGGGUACUGGGCCUGAGAUUUGGGAGCAGACUGGAGGAAAUGUAGAUGCAUUUGUGGCGGCAGCAGGAACAGGUGGUACUGUUGCUGGUGCUUCCAAGUUUCUACAGGAAAGGAAUCCAAACAUCAAAUGCUUCCUGAUAGACCCUCCUGGUUCUGGUUUGUUUAAUAAGAUUACGAGGGGAGUGAUGUACACCAAAGAGGAGGCUGAAGGGCGAAGGCUAAAGAAUCCAUUUGACACGAUAACUGAAGGAAUUGGAAUCAAUAGACUAACAAAGAAUUUUCUGAUGGCAAAGCUUGAUGGGGCUUUCCGAGGCACAGAUAAGGAAGCUGUUGAAAUGUCCAGGUUUCUGAUGAAGAACGAUGGGCUCUUCAUGGGGAGUUCUUCAGCUAUGAAUUGUGUUGGAGCAGUUCGAGUGGCACAGUCAAUUGGUCCUGGUCACACUAUUGUCACCAUAUUGUGUGAUAGUGGGAUGAGACAUCUGAGCAAAUUUUACAAUGCUGAGUAUCUGUCUAAAUUUGAUUUGACACCCACUGCGUGCGGAUUAGAGUUCCUGGGUGUUGGAUAAGAUAUGCAAUGCCCAAGUGAUUCUCUAUUUUUCUAUCUACAUUUCCAUCCAAAGGUAGUGCAGUAGCCAAGUUAUUUGACAUGUGAACUCUGAAUGUUGGUUAGAGAGAGUAGAGACGAGAUAUACAGGGAAGGUACCCCGAAAUUUUCGGUAAUAUGCCCUCGAUACAUUAUUUUCAGUGGCAAAAUUUGUUGAUCAUUAUUUUAGUUUUACAUUCCAAAUGGAAUUGAGCUCUGUAAUGAAUUGUGGUCAUCUAUUUUCUUCUCUUGGUUUUGUACAAAUACUCCCAAACAUUCAAAAAGGCAAUAAUGGGAUUUAUGGCACAUGGCACCAUAGACAUUAAAUUUUA